AUGCCACCAACUGCCUGCACUGUGGCGAGGGUCACCUGGCUCGCAAUGCUGUUUUUCUUGCUGAUCCUCUCAGGCCUAGGCAGGUUGACCUUCGCAGACCAUGACUCUGAAACAUCACAUCUGCAAAUUACAGUGCCACAGAAGCUCGGAUCCACCACCAAUGAUGUCGAUGUUUCAGAAGCGAAAGUCAUUUAUGCCAUCCAAAUUAACAGGAAAACAUACACUCUCCAUCUUAAAAAACAGUCACUUUUAGACCCUCAUUUCCUGGUAUAUAUAUACAACAAGUCAGGAACAUUAUUUCCACAUUCUUCAUUUAAAAAGAGCCAUUGCUUCCACCAAGGAUAUGUUGCAGAGAUUCCAAAUUCAGUUGUGACACUAAGCACCUGUUCUGGACUCAGGGGAUUAUUGCAGUUGGUGAACGUCAGUUUUGGAAUUGAACCAUUGGAAUCCACAGCUAUGUUUGAGCAUAUGCUUUAUCAAAUAAAGAAUAGUAAAACUGAUUUUCUCACAUUACAACACAAUUAUCCUAUAAUCCAAUUUGGAGAGCAGGCCUACAGGAUUCUUGUGAAGUCAGAAAAAAAAUUGGAUGCUAUGCUAUUGAAAAGAACUCUGAAAAUACAAAUCAUUAUGGAUAAAGCCUUGUAUGAUUAUAUGGGCUCUGAAGUGGCUGUUGCAACUGAGAAAAUUGUCCAAAUCUUUAGUCUUAUCAACACUAUGUUUUCCCAGCUGGAACUGACUGUUAUGUUAACAUCCUUGGAGAUCUGGUCAGAUAAAAAUAAGAUUUUAUGUACUGGGAAUGCUAAUGAACUACUACAAAGAUUUGUGUCAUGGAAAGAAAACCAUUUGUUUCAGAGGGCCCAUGAUAUUGCAUUCUUGUUGAUUUAUAGGGAUUAUCCAGAUUAUGUGGGAGCAAUAUAUCAUGGAAGGGCAUGUGAUCCAAAGCGUGCUGCAGGAAUUGCUCUGUAUCUAAAGAGGAUAUCUUUAGAGGCAUUUUCAGUUGUUAUGGCACAGCUGAUUGGAGUUAAUCUGGGAUUAAAAUAUGAUGACAUCUAUAAUUGUUACUGUCCAGGAACUGCAUGCAUUAUGAAUCCUCAAGCCAUACGUUCCCAUGGUGUAAAGUUGUUUAGCCGUUGCAGCGUGGAUGAAUUUAAACAUAUAGUUUCACAGCCUGAAUUGGAAUGUCUUCAGAAUCAAACCAAUUCAAAAGUGGUGGUCCAAGGAAGACAAGAACUAUGUGGCAAUGGAAUUGUGGAAUCGGGAGAGCAAUGUGAUUGUGGCAUUGAAGAGGACUGUGCUUUUAAAAAAUGCUGUCAUGUUGAAAAUUGUACACUUACUGAAACUGCAGAAUGUGGCAAUGGACCAUGCUGUGACAAAAAAACUUGUCGGUUUCUCCCAAGAGGACGUAUAUGUCGGAAAAGCAUUGAUCCAUGUGAUUUUACAGAAUUUUGCACCGGAACAUCUGAGUAUUGUGUGCCAGACAUGAAAUCUAUUGAUUUAGAACCAUGUAACAAUAAAACCGCCUUUUGCUAUAAAGGGAUAUGUCGAGAUCCAAGUAGACAGUGUGUGGAGUUAUUUGGAAAAUUUGCUAAAGGUGGAACAUACCUAUGUGCAGAAGAAGUGAAUUCUCUAUCAGAUGACUUUGGAAACUGUCCUUCGAAACAUUGUAAUUUUAUGGAUACCCUUUGUGCAAAGAUAGUUUGUGAAUGGACACAUACACGUAUAGUGGAAAAUAUAAAUUUUGAUGUUCAAUAUACUUACCUUAAUGGCCAUGUAUGUCUGUCAGCAGCUACAAAAAAGGGCGCAAUAGCCACAGAUCCAGAUAAUACCUAUGUAGCUGAUGGCACUAUAUGUGAAGAAAAUAAGGUAAAUAUAAAUUUUACUUGA